CUGAAUUAGAGGGUGCGGUGGGUACGUGCCGACAGAUGAAACUAGGUGAGGCGGGGAGGGUUCUGCCUCCUCCUUUUCCAAUCCUGAUGAAGGAUCUCGACCAGGACAAGCAUUUGAAUCAGGAAUUUAUGCCGGCAAGAGGAAUUAGCAAGAUGGUCGCGAGAGAGGCGGUGGGCCGAACGGCCUCCUUUGCUGUACAGCGCCGUGGCUGCAGAAUGUAAUAUGGUCAGGAUCCCAAACUGAUGACAAAGCGAUCUGUCAGUUGUGUGGUGGGCAACCCUACCCUCCGCAGUAUUCUCCUUGACCCUGCCCUCUCCAACGCCCCGCCGGCUCCCUCUCUCCGCCUCCUGCCUGUGUAUAAACCACUUCCCCGCGGGGCAUGUGACCGAGCUAGUCAGUGGAGGGAAUCUUCCUGUUGUGCUGUUGCUAUCACCGCUCCGGACCCAUGCGGCGGCGCCGGCAUGGCUGAGAGCCGGCGCGACCCCCACACCCUCUGCCUCUUCGACGUGGACGGGACGCUCACCCCCGCCCGGCAGAAGAUUGCUCCAGAGCUGGAUGCGUUUUUGCAGGGGCUGAGGAAGAAGGUGAAGAUUGGUGUUGUGGGAGGCUCAGAUUACGCCAAGAUAGCAGAGCAACUGGGGGAAGGAGAAGAAGUCGUUCAGAAAUUUGAUUAUGUCUUCGCUGAAAAUGGGACGGUCCAGUACAGGGACGGGAAGUUCGUCACAAAGGAGGCCAUCCAGAACUACCUGGGUGAGGAGUUACUCCAGGAGCUGAUUAACUUCUGCCUCAGCUACAUGUCUGACAUUCGACUACCCCGCAAAAGGGGCACCUUCAUUGAGUUUCGAAACGGCAUGUUGAACAUCUGUCCCAUUGGCAGGAGCUGUUCCUUAGCAGAGCGACUCGAGUUCUCCCAGAUUGACAAGACGGAGAAGAUUAGAGAGAAGUUUGUGGCGGCUUUGCAGAAGAAGUUUGCCGGCAAAGGUCUGAGCUGUACCAGAGCUUCCAUUCCCAGUCCUGUUGGGAUGAGAGGAUUGGAACUGCGUCUCUCGCUGUGCCCUUGGAAAGGGAUUUGGUGAUGUGUGACAGCAAUUCUUAUCGGCACAGCAUAGAAAUCAUCCUGAGUGGAUGCACCCACGCUUGCUCCGUCCGUGAGCACAGGAAACUGCGGAGCUGGGGAACACAGCCCAGCACAUCACGGAAACCUGCCUCCCCUCUGCGGACACUCUACUUUUCCCUGCCUCACUCAAGUAGCCAGUAUAGUCGAAGAUCCCACCCACCCUGGUCAUUCUGUCUUCUUACCCCUCCCACCUGUGAGAAGAUACAAAAGCACAUAGUACCACCAGGCUCAAGAACGGCUUCUACCCUCUGUUAUAAAACUCUUGAAUGGUUCCCUAGUGCAACAGAAUGGACUGUCAACCUCCUUAUCACCUUGUGCUUUGUCGUCUGCCUGCACUGCACUUUCUCUGUAACCGUUGCACUUUUUUCCGGUACUUUGUAUUGUGCACUGUGUAAUAAUUGACCUGUAUGAACAACAUGCAAGAUCAGAUUCAUCUGAUAAUACAGACUCUCAGUCUUCUCCAAUCAGAAGCCCCGGGUGAACCAGGAGAUCCACAGUCUCUAUCAGAACAUCUCCAAUGCCAUAUUUUAAGUUUGCUGAUGACACCACUGUUGUGGGCCAAAUCAAAGGUGGUGACAAAUCGGAGUGUAGGAGGGACAUUGAAGAUCCGGCUGAGGCACCACAACAACAACCUCUCACUCAAUGUCAGCGAGACCAAGGAGCUGAUUAUUAACUUCAGGAGGAGGAAAGCCCAGGCCCAUCAGGGGAUCAGAGGUGGAGAGGGUCAGCAGCUUUAAAUUCCUCGGCAUUAUCUUUUAGAGGACCUGUCUUGGGUCCAGCAAGUAAGUGCCAUUUCAAAGAAAGCACAGCAUGUCAUCCAGAACUUUGACAAACAUCUAUGGAUGCGUUGUGAGGAAUAUACUGACCGGUUGCAUCACAGCCUGGUACGGCACCAAAGCCCUCGAUUGGAAGAUCCUACAAAAAGUGGUGGAUAUAGCCCAGCCCAUCAUGGGUAAAGUCCUCCUCGUCAUCGAACACAGCUACACGGAGCGCUGUCGCAGGAAAGCAGUUCCACCGUCAGAAACCUCCACCAUACAGAAUAUGCCCUCUUCUCACUGCUGCCUCAAGAAGAGGGUACAGAAGCCUCACGUCCCACACCAGCAGGCUCAGGAACAGUUAUUACCCCUCAACAAUCAGGCUCUUGAAGCAGAUGCCCAUGUGCAGUGCUUCACUGAUUCUAUUGCAUUUAUUUCCAUUUACUGUGAAAAAAUGAAUGUCAGGGUAGUAAAUGGUGAUGUGUAUAUAUAUAUAUAUAUAUGGCAUAAUAAGCCAAUACCAAGAUCAAAGCCAAAUAUGCCAAUAAACUCUUCUUGGGCUUCCAGCCAGGUACAAAUAGCCCGAGAAGAGUUCAUUCGUCAUACAUGCCGGGAAAGCACUAGAUACUUUUUCCAACUAUGCCAAUUUGCUGAAUGUUACUUACGAAGUUCAACGUUACCUUCAGUGCACCUGCACACCCCUUAAGAGUCUGUGGAAAAGUGUGUUUGAAGAGUAAGGAGCAGAGGGCUCUGAUCUGUCCGGUGCACUGAUGCACUGGCUACCUCCAACAGCACUGAGGAGAACCUCGGCCAAGUCCACCAAAUCCACAGGCAAGAUAAGGGAUCCUUUCCCAGAGCCCAACACCCCAGCACUAAGGGAAUGGUUAUACCUGGUGGACUCCCUUGGCCAGGACUUAAUCACACCCAAUUCCUGAAAGAGGCUCUCCGUUCCCAGCUCUGCCUGGCAGGAGGCGGUCCAAGCUUCCGUGAGGAAACAUAAUAUCUCCACCGACUCCAGGGAAUCUCUGACCCACAGGCACUCGAAGUGGAGAAGCUGUGUUAGGAUGGUACUGGGAGCCUUGAGUCCAUGCCCUGGGAGUUGCACAGAAGCUACAUGUAAGUUGGGGACAAUGUCCGCCACCUCACAUCAGGCCCAGUCACCCCAUCAGCCUCCUACUCUGGGAAAGUGUGAAGUGAUACACUUCGGCAAGUCAGACAGAGAGCCAGGCUAAUGGCAGGAUUAUUAGCAGUGUGGAGGAGCAGAGAGAUUUCGGGGUCCACGGCCAUAGCUCCCUCAGAGUUGCCAUGCAAGGUGGUAGGGUAGUGUUGAAGGGGAAAGGUGUGUUGGCCUUCAUUAGUCGAGGGAUUGAGUUCAAGAGCCAUGAGGUAAUGUUUCAGCUCUAUAAAACCCUGGUUAGACCACACUUAGACCACUCAAUCUAGUCAUCUCACUAUAGGAAGGGUGUGGAAGGUUUCAAGAAGGUGCAGAGGAGAUUUUCCAGAAUGCUGCCCGGACUAGAGAGCAAGUCUUAUGAGGAAGGGUUGAGUGAUCUUGGGCUUUUCUCUUUGGAAUGAAGGAGGAUGAGGAGAGACAAUGGAGGGGUGUAAUUCGACAAGAGGAAUCUGUGUGUUCGUAGUGCACAGAUUCUAGGUCCCUAAUACCUUUCCCAAUGCUCUUUUUUUCACCUCGUGUGCCUGUGGGCCAGGAUUUCCCCGGAGUCAUUGCGGAUAUUACGUCUCCUCAAGGAAGCUUUGAGCGCAACCUUGAAGCUUUUCCUCAUCCUGCCCGGGAACGAUUUUCCGUGACGGAACUGGUCACAGAUCCGUCAGAUGCUGUUGGAGAAGCCCAGGCGAGUGACCGUGGCGCACUGUGUGCCAGUGACGGAGGGUAUGAAGGUUUAGAUUGGCAGAUGGAGUCAGGGGCUGCCUUUUCUGGGUUGGCCUGCUGGAGGUCUGUAAAAUCAGGAUGAUGGCGGUAGACAGCAAAGGUGUUUUUCCCCGUGGUGAGACUGCCUCAACCACAAAGAUUUAAAGCUGGAAGUGGGUUGUUUAGAGGGGAUCUGUAUGUGUGGUGUGUGGGGAUUAGUUUUUGUUACUCAGGAGUCAGGAGCACACUGCCUGAGGGGGUGGUGGAGGUAGCGACUCUGCCAGCAUUUAAAAGGCAUCUAGUUAGGGAUCUGAAUCACUGAGGCAUAGAAGGCCACAGAGAUCAUGUGGGUUCGUGGGAUUGGUGUGGAGGCAGCAUGGAAACAACAGGACAAAGGGUCUGUUUCUGUGAUGAAAAAUGUUUUUACGUGCAAUUAGUACAGGAAAUGGGACCUUAUCUUGGGGGGGCAGGGUGGGAGUGGGAGAGGUUGGGGAGGUGAGAAAUGUGAUACUAGGAUGUGGAGAAUCUCAAGAUUUAUAAUUGUCCUCUGCCCUGUCCCCUCCCUUCCCCCAUCCUCCUCCCUCCCCUCCCCCUCCCUCCACCACACUCUGCCUUGCCCCUCUCAUUUGUCCCCAUCUCUCGCCUUCUGUCCCUAUACUACCCUCACUCCCCAUCCCUCCACUCAUUCCUCUCUCUGCAUCCUCUCCUUUCCCCUUUCCCUUCCCUCUCUCCUUACCCCUUUCUUUCCCCUUCUUUUCCCUUUACCUUCCCC